CGAAUCUUUGACUUCCGUUAGUUUCUAACCUAUAUCAAUGGUUUCGUUGUCGUGCAUUUAAUAUUAUUAUUUAUUAGAAAAGGAAAAUAAGAAAACGCAAAUUAUUGAUAGGUUUCUUAUUGUCUCUAAGAUUUUGACGGGCUUUCAAAAUGCCGACUAUAGCUGUCAAACGAGAUUUAUUAUUUAAAGCACUUGGGAAAACAUAUUCCGAAGAAGAAUUUCAAAAUUUAUGCUUUGAAUUCGGCUUGGAAUUAGAUGAUGUGACUACGGAAAAACAGAUGAUAGCAAAGGAACAAGGUUCCGAACAAAGUACUGGAGCAUCGGAAGAAAUUAUUUAUAAAAUUGAUAUUCCAGCUAAUAGAUACGAUCUACUAUCUUUAGAAGGUCUCGUUACAGGAUUACUAGUAUUUUUAAAUAAGACUCGUGUACCAUGUUAUAAUUCAAUAAAACCAAUGGUACCAGAAGAAAUUGUAAUGAAAAAAGAGUGUUUAAAAGUCAGGGAACAUAUAGUUGCUGCUAUAUUACGUGAUAUUACUUUUACGCAAGAUUCUUACAACAGUUUCAUUGAUCUUCAAGAUAAAUUACAUCAGACUAUAGGACGAAAACGAAGUAUUGUAUCAAUUGGUACACAUGAUUUAGACACUAUUAAAGGACCAUUUGUAUAUGAUGCAAAACCGCCAAGUGAUAUUCGUUUUAAACCUCUUAAUCAAACAAAAGAAUAUACUGGGGAAGAAAUAAUGGAAUUAUAUGCGCAUCAUGCACAACUAAAACAGUAUUUACCAAUUAUAAAAGAUAGUCCUGUAUAUCCUAUAAUAUAUGAUAGUAAUGGUAUUGUUUUGUCAUUACCACCGAUAAUUAAUGGGAAUCAUACAAAAAUCACUCUCAAUACUAAAAAUGUACUUAUAGAAUGUACUGCAACUGACCUUAAUAAGGCAAAGAUUACAGUAGAUACUAUAGUUUGUGCUUUCAGUGUAUACUGUGCAAAAAAAUAUACAACAGAAACUGUAAAAGUAAUAUAUCCAGAUAAUAAAAUCUUUUAUUAUCCAGAAUUGAACUAUCGUACGGAAGAAAUAAAUAGUGACAAUGCAAUGAAUUAUAUUGGAAUCAAAAAAACUCCAGAAGAGAUAGCAAAGCUACUAUCAAAAAUGUCGUUAGAAGCAUCAGUAAAAGAAAAAGAUAAUAUAAUUGUUGAAAUACCUCCAACAAGAAGCGACGUUUUACAUCCGUGUGAUAUUUAUGAAGACAUAGCUAUCGCUCAUGGAUAUAAUAACAUAGAUAAAAUAUUUCCAGAAAUAAAUACAAUUGCCAUUGAACUUCCACUCAAUAAAUUAUCUGAUCAAUUACGCGAAGAAUUGGCACGUGCGAGUUUUACCGAAACAUUGACAUUUUCAUUGUGUUCCAGAGAUGAUAUUUCAGAAAAAAUAGGUCAUAAAAUAGAGGAUAUACCAGCUGUUCAUAUAUCCAAUCCAAAAACCUUAGAGUUUCAGGUUGCACGUACGACUCUGUUACCAGGAUUAUUGAAAACAAUAGCCGGAAAUAAAAAGAUGCCAUUACCUCUGAAAUUAUUUGAGAUUUCUGAUAUUGUCUUACUUGACCCUACAAUGGAUGUUGGUGCACGUAAUAAAAGACAUUUAUGUGCUGUAUAUUAUAAUAAAACUGGAGGUUUUGAAAUAAUCCAUGGUUUAUUGGAUAGAAUUAUGCAAGUACUUGAAGUACCAUGGAGUACUGAUAAAACAGACACUGGAUAUUAUUUACGUGCAGCAGACGAUCCAACCUUCUUUCCAAAAAGAUAUGCAGAAGUAAUAUAUAAUAAUAAAGUAAUUGGCAAAAUGGGAAUUUUACAUCCAGAUGUACUUACAAAAUUUGAAUUAAAUUUACCAUGUUCUACAUUGGAAAUUGACAUUGAACCAUUUCUAUGAUGAUGAGAUAUUAAUGAUGUACACAGAUAGUACAUAGCAGGAGAAAAAGAAAGAAAGAGAAAAUAUGAAAAUGAUAAAAUCAUUUGAAUACUUAAUAAUUAAUAAGAAUGUUUUGUACUUUCACUGUGAUCCACGAUAACACUUACCAUAAAAAAUGUUUUUUCCAACACUUAAAUAAAAACUAAUGCGACUA